AUGGAGGGGGAUCUGCCACAGCAUGCCCUAAUCCCAGGCGGAGCCCCCUGCGAUCUGGCGCAGCAGUCCCACCUUUCCACCCAGCCCCAGAUGGUUCAGGCUCGCCAGGGCACGUUGGCUGCCCCCGCGGCGGACCAGAUGCAGGAGCUCGGGAAUGUGGAGGAGGCCCCGCUGGGCCUCAAGGAGGACGCCAGCGGCAAGGCGAUGGCCACGGCCUCCCAGUGGCACCGGGUCAAGUGGACCGGCGACAUGGUCAAGCUGCUCGUGUCGGCCGUGUCCUACGUUGACGAGGACAUCGACGCGGACCAGGGCGGGGCGAGGAGGAUGGGCAAGUGGAGGCUGGUCUCCUCGGCCAUGACCAAGAGGGGGUUCGCAGUGUCGCCACAGCAGUGCGAGGACAAGUUCCACGACCUCAACAAGAAGUACAAGAGGGUUACCGAGAUCCUUGGCCUAGGAACGGCAUGUAAGUUCGUCGAGAAUCCGGCGCUCCUUGAAGAGGCGGGUCUAUCUUGGAAGCUCAAGGAGAAGGCCAAGAAGCUCCUGAGCUCCAAGCACCUGCACUUCGAGCAGAUGUGCUCCUACCACAACCGUAACCGGGCGUGCCUGCUUGAUGAUCGAGUCCUUCUAAGGAUGCUGCGGCGGAUGGCGCGUAUGAGUCCUUCAAAGAAUUACCCGUUUGAAUAUGAUAAGGAUAAUCAGGUAUUGAUUUGUGAUGAUAAUCAGGUAUUGAUUUGUGAUGAUGAUGAUGAGGGUGGAGAGUUCAACCGUGAUCUGGAGGUCACUGCUGAAGAUCAUGUCACCAAGAAGCUGCCACAAGCUGCUGCUCAGGGAUCUGGUGGUCCAGCAGAUGAGAAGGAUCCAAGUCAUAUGGAUGCAGCUCAAAUCCAUAGAGAACGUCUGGAGAUAAAAAGAGAUAUGUUGAAAAUCAAGAAGAGACGUUUGAAGCGGAUGAGGUCCAUCAAGGAGCAGGAAUGGGAACUGCAGAAGAUGAGGAUGGACAAUGAAAUGAUGGACCUGGAAAAUGACCAGCUGGAGCUGGAGCUGGAGCUUAAGGAAAUGGAGAUGGGCAUCCAACCAAAGAGGAUUUAG